AUGCUGGAGGCGGUGACGUGGGAGGGCGCGAUCACGGCGCUGAUCGUCGCAAUUGCGGCACCGCUGCUGCAUUACCUGUGGUUCUCGCUGCGGAGGAUGUUUCGACCCGAUCUGCCACCUGGACCGCGAGGCCUGCCUCUCCUCGGCUACCUGCCCUUCAUGACCGAGCACGGGCAUCGGGACGUCGAGACGCUCAAGCAGAAAUACGGCAACGUGUUUGGACUCCAGUUCGGUUUCCGGUACGUGGUCUUCUUGUGCGACUUCGGCUCCAUAAAGGAGGCCCUCUGGAACGACGCCCUGCUCGACCGGCCCCAUGAAUUCCCCGACAACGUCUACGAGAAAUAUCAAAGCCUGAUUGUGGCCAACGGGCCGCGUUGGAAGGAACAGCGCCGGUUCACAAUGAGGACGUUCAAGGCACUGACCAGCACCACGCAAGCUCUCGAGACGCAUAUACACGACGAACUGUCCGACUUGGUUCGUGAGCUGGCGUCUCGCAAGGGCGAGCCACUGGCCAUCUCCUCGUUGUUGCUGUCCAGCACGUCCAACGUCAUCACGGCGCUGGUGUACGGACGAAGGUUCGAGUACGGCAGCCCCGAGCGCGUCGAGCUGGACGAGUUUGCCGAUGGGAUCCCGACGUUAGCGACACAGAUGUCGUCCAUCAACUUCUUUCCGUGGCUGCGCAGAGUGCUCUCCAUCCUUGGCAUCGGAGCAUGCGGGAGGCUCAGGAGCGCCAUGAUACGAAGGGAUCGCAUCUCAAAGACCCUAAUAGGCCUUCACGAGAAAACCUAUCAGGACGGUGUGGUUCGUGACUACGUUGGUGGUUUUCUCAGUGAGAUGAGACGACCAGAGCAAGAAAAAAAGACUUUCACGCGCGAGGUUCUCUUGAGCAACGCGUCAUCCUUCUUCGGUGCCGGUAGCGAGACCGUGCGCACCGCGGUAGAGUGGCUGCUACUGAUGUGCGCCGCCAAGCCGGAGGUGCAGAACCGCGUCCGGACCGAGAUCGACGUCGUGCUCGGUCAACGCGGUCAAGGUUCUCGCGUCGUGUGGGAAGACCGCAGCAGGAUGCCGUACACGCAAGCAUUCAUCUGGGAGAUGGCGCGCUACAAGCCGGUCAACCCUAUCGGCCUCAUGCGAUGUGCCAGCGAGGACACGAAAGUAAGCGGCUACGCCAUUCCACGAGGCAGCGUCGUGGUCCCUUCGCUGAGGUCCAUCUUCUACGACACGUCCUUUUGGGAAGACCCAGAAGUUUUCCGGCCCGAGCGCUUCUUGGUCGAAGGAGGGACUCGAGCCAGCAAACCUGAGAGGCUGAUCGCCUUCUCCUGCGGCAAGCGUUCUUGUCCCGGGGAGAUGAUCGCCAACAUGGCGACGUUCAUCUUUCUUACCACCAUCCUGCAGCACUUCAUCAUCGAGGUGCCUCCCAGUGGUCCGGCCAUCGCUUUCGACGAGGUGUUGACCAUAUCACUUAGGCCCUUAUCGCAGGAAUUAGUUUUCCGCGCGCGACAAAUGCGCGGUUGAAAACAUCUUUAAAGCUCCUCUUGCAAGUGGUUUUGCAGAGUACUUGAAUCAUACGCGCUCCGAGACACCGCUUGGAAUUCCAGCGAACCAGUUACCGCUCUGUGGUGAUGAUGAUGAUAAUGCUUUUAUGGCAUCCCCUUUAAAAUGGGGUGGUGAAAAAAUAGUCACCUAGGCUGCUUGAUUUAAUCAGGUAUGCAAUAAAUGUUCUUUAUCUAGCAUUUUUUGUGUACAUAUCCCUUAAUAUUUUUUUUUUCCAUUCACAAUCUACCUUGUACCGCUAGCC